AUGUCGACUAUGUUAAAGCCAUUAGAUUCGAAGAAGCCAAAAGCAAACAAAAAUAAUGAAACUAUUAGAUUAAAGUUUAAAAGUACAUGUGGUCGGUCACCACUUUUGGAAGGCUAUAUUAUCAAACAUAUUCCUUUGGUCUGCAACAGUUCUUCACUCUUCACUCUCUCGGUUAGAAAAACUGACUCUGAACAAGGGUCAGGAGAUCGGUGCACUUAUCCUAGUUCUCCGUAUGUUACUUUGGGUUCUCCUCAGCAAUGUCACUCACAACUCUUGUAUAUAGAUCCAUUUAGCGCAGUGGUCGGCAUGCUCUUGCCCAAGGCCGGUUUAAUCUUGGAGUCGCAAAAAGUGAAACAACAAUUAAAACACUUAGAAAGGAAGAUUAAUGACUUGAAGUUGGCUACCCAGGGAGCGGCGUUCAGCGAAGGCGAAAGAUUGACCCAAGAACUUCAGAUGAUAGAAGCAGGAAUUAGAGAAAAAGAGAAGGAUGUUCGAAAUUGGAGUCCUUACAGCAACAUUCCUUGGAUUCAACCUCCUAACAACUUGGUUAAUGACGGAUUAAACAGGGAUUACAAGUCCGCAGAAGAAGACACGUACGAAGCCGCAAUAGCUAACGACAUGCGUGAGUUGGAAUUGCGGUGGGAGUUUGAGUUACAAGAACAGGAGAAACGCUGGUCCACCGAAGAGGACAACCUGAAAAAGUGAUCAUCUAAGUCUGGCAUUCGUGGAUUAACAAAUGAGCCUUUUCAGAGGUACCAAUAACAAAUUGGUUCCUCUCAUGGGUAAGUUCAAUCUGUACUGCAAGGGUAGCGUUACUCCAAAAAAAUAAUGCACGUUCUGAUAGGUCGGAAGUAACCAUUAAAUAUAACGGGUGCAGAUUAUUACAGUAUGGUUGUACUACUCGUAGUUGAUCGUGUACCAACACCCAACUGCAACUCUUAGCACGCUAUAUUUAAUGCAUAUUUUCACUGAUGCCCACAUAUUUUUCGAGGAAUCUAUGUUGGUCUUGCGACGUGCGAGCGAAGCGAACAAAGUGUACCAGCACAACGGAUAUGGAUUUUGCUUUUCUAAUUACCGGAAGAACUUUUUAGAGCGUAAAAUUUGUUUUCAGCGAUUGUUUGACUUGAAUUUAAGUAAAUUUUUUUUAGCACUAGACAAAUACACAGUGCAACUGCGGCACACUUUGUUUGCUUCACUACGCAUUAUCCGAUUCGUCAUUCACUUGUUCUUCCAAUGGUGCUCAUAUAACUAGCGGAGGAAAAGAGAAAAUAAUGUGACAAUUUGGGUUUUGAUUGUCACUCUCGUUCACUUUUUUUCUUUUAGAGCUGACACGCAAUUCCCUUAGUCAUGAUACAGUUCGUAAAUAUUAUUAUAUACUGUAGGCAGAAAUUGUUUCUUAAAACAAACAAGUAUUGUGAAUGCCGAUUUGUUAAAAUUUAACAGAAAUUAACGUCGAUGUUUUAUAAACAUGACAAAGUGUAGCAUAUUUAUUUAUAUAUUUGCGCAGUGAGGCAAAAACGUAUAAUAUUGUUUCACCUUUAAUAUUCGGGACGGAUGUUAUUUAACCUGGAUAAAAGGUUACACGAUAAACAUAUAUAGAAGCAUAUUAGACGUUGAAAUAUAGUGUAAAUCCACAUGUUUUACGAAAGAUUUAUGUAGCUAGCGUUGGUAUUAUUCAUUACAUCUGCUGUAUACUUCAAUGCGCAUCCUCGGGAAAUUUACCCACUUACCACGUGUAUUCAAUCGUUCCAUACAGUUUUACAAUUACACAAACCUUCACUCCCUAUUCGUACGCGCUAAUCAGAAAACAUUUUUAGAUUAUAAUGGUUGUUUUGGGGCCUAAGAAACUUUUUUUAAUUGCUGGAUAAUCUCUAUUCCUCACUUUUUUUUAAACAAGUAUAAUUUUUUUCCAAACUUCGAAAUAUUUUUAUUUAAGAAAUUAUUAAUUUUAAAUUCAAAAACCUUCGAUUUUAUUUUAUUAUGGCCUCUCUUUUAAUAUCAGUUAAAGAUUUUUGUUGGUUUUUUCUUGAAAUGAAACUGUCUGAAAAUGUUUCUUUCUAAAAUGACGUACUUAUUUACUUUACAAUCUUUAUGACUUCAAGAAGACUGAAAUGCGUGAUCAUUACACAAGUUUAAGAAAAAUCGAUCAUAAAAAAGCCACAUCCUUACAAUUAGAAUUCUCUUAAAUAUCAUUCUUCAUGAAUAUUCGUAAUUCACAGUUUUACCUACUCAUACAUGAAAGUGACUUAUUCUUUUUACUAUGUUUGCUCCUGAAAGAUUAUUUCACCUUUCAGAUGAAUUAUUUUAAAUUCAAUUAGGCUUUAAAAUUGCUUUUUUUAGUCAAAAGACUUUGGAAGAUUAACUUCUUUAUAAAUUGACAUAAAUGUUGUGAGAUCGUAUUUUCCGAUUUAACAGGAUCGCUGCAUUGUUGUAGCUAAAGUAUAAUACGCGCACUGCAAUAGAUUUUGGGUUGCUACUAUUUUUAUGAAAU